AUGGACGAGAUUGCCGGUCAGUUUAUUGCCGGUCUGCACACCACUAGCACGACUCUGGCGUGGACAUUCAUCUACCUCACGAGACUGCCCGAGAUCCAAGCCAAGCUCCGCAGGGCGCUGCACGCUGCCUACGCGGACGGCCACGCGGACGGCCGCACGCCGGACCUUGCCAAAGUCACCAAGAUUCGGGUGCCGUACCUCGACGCCGUGCUGGAGGAGGCGCUGCGGCUGCACGCCACUAGCUUGGCCCGCCAAGCUAGCCGCGACACGGAGCUCUUGGGCCACCACGUCCCCAAGGGCGCCAACGUGAUCCUCGUCGCCAACGGGCCGGACUUCCACGCGCCGUCCUUUGCCGUCGACGCCGCCCUGCGCCACGCGACCGCCAAGACUGACCACGGCUGGGACGAGACGCGCGACCACGCGUUUGAACCGGAGCGGUGGCUUGUGCUGAACAGGAACCCGGAGACGGACCAACAAGAGACCGUGUUUGAUGCCAACGCCUCGCCACAGAUCGCCUUUGGCAUGGGCCCACGCAGCUGCUGGGGCCGAAGACUGGCGUACCUGGAGCUUCGCAUGGUGGUGACGCUGGUGAUUUGGAACUUUGAACUGCUAGAUGUCCCACCCGUGCUCGCGGAUCCAAAAGCAAGCUAUGGGAUUGUCCACAGGGCAGAUCAAUGUUGCCUGGGACUAAAGGUCAUAAAGUAG